GCCUCGCUGUCCCGGCGGCGCCAACCGAAGCGCCGCGCCCGCUGCCGACAUGCUGCGCCGCGCUCUGCUCUGCCUGGCCCUGGCCGCGCUCACGCGCGCGGGCGCCGCCGCCCCGGAGGAGGAGGACCACGUCCUGGUGCUGCACAAGGGCAACUUCGAGGAGGCGCUGGCGGCGCACAAGUACCUGCUGGUGGAGUUCUAUGCCCCUUGGUGCGGCCACUGCAAGGCUCUGGCCCCCGAGUACGCCAAAGCCGCCGGGACACUGAAGGCAGAAGGUUCGGAGAUCAGGCUGGCAAAGGUCGAUGCCACCGAAGAGUCUGAUCUGGCCCAGCAGUAUGGGGUCCGUGGCUACCCCACGAUCAAGUUCUUCAAGAACGGAGACACGGCUGCUCCCAGGGAGUACACAGCUGGCAGAGAAGCUGAGGACAUUGUAAACUGGCUGAAGAAACGCACAGGCCCUGCUGCCACCACGCUGCCCGAUGGGGCCGCCGCAGAGGCCUUGCUGGAGUCCAGCGAGGUGACCGUCAUUGGCUUCUUCAAGGACGUGGAGUCGGACUUUGCCAAGCAGUUCUUGCUGGCGGCAGAGGCCAUUGAUGACAUACCUUUCGGGAUCACGUCCAACAGCGACGUGUUCUCCAAAUACCAGCUGAGCAAGGAUGGGGUUGUCCUCUUCAAGAAGUUUGACGAAGGCCGCAACAACUUCGAGGGAGAAAUCAGCAAGGAGAAGCUGCUGGACUUCAUCAAGCACAACCAGCUGCCACUGGUCAUCGAGUUCACAGAGCAGACGGCCCCGAAGAUCUUCGGAGGGGAGAUCAAGACCCACAUCCUGCUGUUCCUGCCCAAGAGCGUGUCUGACUACGACAGCAAACUGAGCAACUUCAAGAAGGCGGCCGAGCGCUUCAAGGGGAAGAUCCUGUUCAUCUUCAUCGACAGCGACCACACUGACAACCAGCGCAUCCUCGAGUUCUUUGGCCUCAAGAAGGAGGAGUGCCCCGCCGUGCGCCUCAUCACCCUGGAGGAGGAGAUGACCAAGUACAAGCCAGAGUCGACCGAGCUCACGGCUGAGAAGAUCGAAGAUUUCUGCCACCGCUUCCUGGAAGGAAAGAUCAAGCCCCACCUCAUGAGCCAGGAGCUGCCUGAAGAUUGGGACAAGCAGCCCGUCAAGGUGCUCGUUGGGAAGAACUUUGAGGAGGUCGCUUUCGAUGAGAAAAAGAACGUCUUUGUGGAAUUCUACGCGCCGUGGUGUGGCCACUGCAAACAGCUGGCUCCCAUUUGGGAUAAGCUGGGAGAGACGUACAAGGACCACGAAAACAUCGUCAUCGCCAAGAUGGACUCGACGGCUAACGAGGUGGAGGCAGUGAAAGUGCACAGCUUCCCGACGCUCAAGUUCUUCCCCGCCAGCGCGGACAGGACGGUCAUUGAUUACAAUGGUGAGCGGACACUAGAGGGUUUUAAGAAGUUCUUGGAGAGCGGAGGCCAGGACGGAGCUGGGGACGAUGACGAUCUGGAAGAUCUGGAAGAAGCAGAGGAGCCUGACCUGGAGGAGGAGGAGGAUCAGAAAACUGUGAGAGACGAGCUGUGAGGCAGAGUGCAGACCUGGGCACCCCAGACACGACCCCCACGGCUGCACGUCCAGCAGCACGGCCUCUGGAAGCCCGCGGACCCUCACCGGGAGGAGGGAACACCGAUCGGAAAUGCAGGGAACUUUUCUGAAGCCACACUUCAUCCUAACACACGUGUAAACUUAGGCCCGUCUCUUCCUUCUGCUUUUCAAUUUUUGGAAAGGGAUUUAUCUCCAGGCCAGCCCAUCUUGAUGGGCUGUUUUUUUUUAAAUUGUGAUGUACUUUUUCGUACAUGGUUUUGUCCAAAGUGCUCGUUAAAAUGUCUUGGGAUCUCA